AUGCUGGGACGUACAUCAUUCAGAGCCGCAAGAUCCGCGCGAGGCCAAGUACAGGCCAGAACACGAUUCGCCAAUCCCCGAUUCCAGUCCACCGCAUCUAAUGCCUCCGGAGGCAACUCUGCCCUGGUAGGCGGUCUUACCGGAGGUGCAGCAGCCUUCGUUGCCGGAUACGCCUGGUACCAUUUCUCAGGCACCAAGUCCCUCGUUGCGACCAGCAAACAGGCACAAGACUACUUCGAACAAGCCAAGCAGACCGUCGCGGAAAAGACACCUGAGCCUCAUGCUGCCUAUGGCUGGCUGAAAGAUACAGUGAAGAGCUACGCUGGGUUCAUCCCUGGAGCAAGCAGCUAUGUUGAUUCGGCUUUCGAUGACCUGGAGAAGAUCCGGAAAGACCACGGCAAGGAGUUCGACCAAGUGAUCGGCGAUGCGUAUCGCGAACUGCAAGAUCUGACGAAGAAAGAAGGCGUCAGUGCUACUUCGGCUGCUGCGGCGUUACAGAUUCUGCAGAAGCAUUCGAAGAGGUUGUUUGAGUUGGCUGGUGAUGCGGCGGGGAAUUUGCUUGAGAAUCAUCCUAAGUUGAAGGAGAAGAUUGGGGGGAGUUAUGAUCAAUUGAAGGAGAUGGGGGAUGCAUAUGGGCCUAAGGCGAAAGAGGAGGUGAAUCGGACGUGGGAGCAGAUUUCUGGGAUUGUGCAGAAGGGCGUCAGUGCUGAGUCUGCAGAGGAGAUUAAGAAGUUGAUUCAGGAAAAGACGGAGAAGCUGCAGAAGUUUGGUGAGGAGGCUUGGCAGAAGGGCCGGGAUGAAUCACAGCAAUACCUUGAGAAGAACCCGAAGCUCAACAAAUUGAUUGAUGACAAUGCUGAGUCUUUGAAGAAGGGGAAUUUCAAGGAUUUGUGGGGUCUUAUCAAGGACAGUGCCUCUUCUGGCAAGACGGAGGAAGUGGAGAAAUAUGUUCAAGAUAAGGUUGAGGGAGCGAAGAAUACCGACUUUGCGAGCUUGGGCAAGUGGCUGGAUGUGAUCCCUGGUGGCUCCCAGGUUAUUCCUCAGCUACAGUCUCUUCGUGACAUUGCGCAGAAGAAAGGGGGCGAGGCGGAGAAUGUGCUCAAGGAGACUCUCAGUGAAUUGCGAGAGGUCUUGGAGAAGCGAAAAGAGCAGGUUGAAAAGCUUGCCGAGGAAGGGAAGAAGGAGAGUAAAUGA